AUGAUACCUCCUCAUACCCCCCAAGAUUCUCGAGCACCUUCCAGGGGAUACGGUCCGCUAUCUAACAGUGAGCCUGUUGUACCAGGGUGUCCACCAGGUCUGCUAUGGUUAUUUUCACCACAGCUACCACCGAGAAUCAAGCUUCAUGCGUUGUUAGAUGCGUACUUCAACAACGUUCACCCCAUUCGCGUUUUCGCGUUCGAGCACAAGCCGUCAUUCAUUCGGAUGCUAGAUGAAGGUCAGCUCGUGGAUGCGUCCGAUCAAGCCCUCCUACACAUUAUGUGUGCGUUAGGUGCUCGGUUCUACGCACUCGACUACAGUGAGUCGUUCUCGCCCUUGACAAAAGAUCUGAUCCAGUCAGCGGGAAGCCAGUGGGCGAAGUCUGCGGAGGAGAUGUUCUUCGCUGAUUACAGCACCAUCUCCAUCACAAAGCUCAAGGUCUUGGUCUUACUUCAUGACCAAGAAGCCCGUAAUGGCAACUAUGCGGGCUCUUUCCUUCUUACUGGCCUUGUCAUACGCAUGGCGCACGCUCUGCAACUCAAUAAUGAGGUAUCACCAGACGUCCUUUGUAAGGAGUUAGGAGGAAGUCCAAACGAAGUAUCUGUAAGGGAGUCUCGUAGAAGGCUCAUGUGGGCGUGUUAUAUGAUCGAUGUCUGGGCUGGUAGUGGUGUCGACCACCUCACUAUACUCAAUGAAAGAGACCUCAAGAUCCAGCUUCCUUGCAACGAGCGUCAAUUCUCACUACAAAUACCGUGUGUCACGGAGCGGCUUGAGAGAGGUACACUACUGGAAUUCAUGCCUCCAGAGGACAUACCAGAGAAACCGGCGGACAACCUGGGUAUGGCUGCGUACUAUGUACGUAUCGUGAGCAUUUGGCGGCGGGUCCUACGAUUCGUAAAGCACAUGGACGAAGAGCAACCGCCUUGGCUCCCUGGGUCCGGAUUUGCCGUUCUCAUCGAGGACAUACAAUCAUGGAAGCAAAGUCUGCCGUCCUGGUUAGACUUUUCCGCCGACAACAUCUACAUCCGACGUGAAACCCAUCAGCUAGGUGCACUCCUCCUCAUUCACUGCAUGUAUCAUCACGUUAUGUGCGACGUGCAUCGGAUUGCUCUCCCUGAUCUGUUUAAGAACCAAGAGCCAUUCGUUUUCCCCACUGAUCGGCAGGCAUUCGUCAGUCAUCUACAAGAUGUCUGCUUUGAGCAUGCGCAGCGUAUGUCGGUGUUGGUCUCACAUAUACUGCAGCACGGCGUCAAACACUUCGCAGACUCUAUUCUACCAUCGUUCGUCUACAACAGCAGUCGCAUCAUGCUCUACUAUAUCGCUCGGAUCUUGGAUGUAUCGAAGCCCGAUGCCGGAACUGUUAUUGGUCGUACAGUCGAGCUAGUGCAGUACAAUAACCAGGCGCUGCGGGAAAUGGCGUUCAUGUAUCCGCUUGCUGAAUCGUUAUGUAUCACAUCCGAGCGCUGGUUAGAGACCGUACGCGACAGUCUGGCUCGUGGCCACUCUGCUGACUACAUCGCGCCUCAGGAUCCGUCCGAGAACGAAGCGCGACGCAUUGUCGGCGCUCCCGCACCAACGGCAGGUACUCCUAGGCAACGAAACGCGGCCCUCUCGGUAAUUCCUCCAGUUGAAGAGAUACUUUCGGCAACUUCACCUUCAACGCUCAGGACAGCCACUACCCGUUAUCCCUUUUCGGCACCGACUACUGACCAGGGUUCAUCUGUAGUCACUUCAGGUCAGGUUAUGACUUCAGCGACUGAGAACGCGGUAGGGACUGUAUACUCCUCCCCCAAUGCGCCCACUGCUUUUGAGCAGCCCAUGUUCAACCUCGACGACUUACAGAAUUUCUUUGGGUGGGAAGCAAGUGAUGAUGAGAAUGCACAGUCGACCGGAUUUGAGGGAUUUGGUCCUCUAGGUUGGGCAAAUAAUUUCUCUAUUAUGUGA